CCCCAUCCUCUCGCCAUGGACGCUCCGAAUCAAGAUAUCAACCUUAACUCUCCCAACAAAGGUCUGCCUGAAAAUAUGACUGACGUGCCAGUGGAUACUCCAGCAGAGCUCAGAAGUGAACUUAGCAAGGUUGAAGAUGAAAUAGCAACACUUCGGCAGGUCCUAGCUGCCAAGGAAAAGCAUGCUUCAGAGAUCAAAAAGAAGUUGGGGUUGACUCCUUUUAAUGAGCUCAAGCAGAAUCUUACCAAAAGCUGGCAAGAUGUGCAAGCAUCCAAUGCUUAUAAGAAGACUCAAGCAACACUUUCUACUGCUGGAUCCAAGACCUCCAGUGCCAUUUCCAGUGUUGGAUCAGUUCUUAGCAGGACGCUGGGAGAAAUUAAGGAAUCGCCUACAUUCAAAUCAUUUGAAGAAAGUGUUGGAAAUCUAAAGGCUAAGGUUAUUAGAAAUGAAAAUAAUGCCAAAGAUGGCUAUCAUACUCCUACUGCUACAAGUCCAAGUGCAGAAGAAAAGCUACCCCAGGACAAUGCACCUUUCUGAGCAAGAGCUGCUGUUUUCAAUACCUAAGUCGCUGAUUUCCAAAUCUACAUUGAAUUUAUUGCAGUUACAAACAUCGCCUAAAUGUACAUAUGGUUAUUUGAUGCCCAUUUUGGAAAAGUGUAUUACUGCUGUUCUGGAAAUCUGAUAACCAUUUUGUAAUAUGUAAAACUUGCGCAAAAAAAAAGACCAUCUGAAUUCUGUCAAGUUUUAAAGCAUCACAUUCUCUUUAGAAAGCUAUUGUCACCAAUAAAAUUUAGCUUUGAGUACUUCAAAACCUCAUUUUCAACAGACUUUCAAGCACACUAACUGUGAUUCAUAUCGUACUAGCCUUAUUCUGUGCUUUAAUUACACUUUUAUAAUUCUAGGACAACUUCCAGUACCAUGUAACCUUGUUUAGAAUCAUUGGAACAGCUGACACUGAGGAGUACUUAUUUGGUCAGGGAUUACUUCUGCUUUUAUUGUAUGUCCAGCAGCUUUAAAUAUGUUUGUUACAUUUAGGUUAGUGACUGGAGCAUGCUGAUUUUUCUUUUCAGAAGGAACAACAGCCAAAAAUACCAGCUGGAUAUAUGCUAUGGUUUGUAUCCAGUGGGCUCUAAGGGAUAUAAAUAUGAAAUUUUGUUGGGUUUUAUUGGAACGAAACACAGUCUAGAAUUUAGUUUAGUAUGUUUUGAUGCAUAAUGGUUAAUUCUUUGACCAUUUCUGUUUGCAAACAAAGAUGGGAUUUGGUGUGCUGUUAAGUGUAUACCAGGGUUUAAUUGUAUAUUUCCCUUUAUAUCACUAGAAUGCUCACAAUUAAAAAUUGGUUAUUAAAGCAA